AUGUCCAAUGACAAGCCCGUCCAAAAACAGGAGUCUCUCUUGUCCAAAUUCUUUCGCAGAAAGUCCAGUGUCGGUGCCGACGCCGCCGAGACCGCGUCCAUGACGUCGACAGCGCCCCUCGUGGACAAGGACAACACCGCCCCGUUCAAAUCGACAUCCAAGGAAGAACAAGACUCCUUUAACGAGUUGAUGAAUCGGGCCAAGACGAUGAGCCCAGAAGAAUUCCAGAUGUACCUCAAAAACUACAAGGAAGAGAACGAGGCCAUUUACCGCAAACUUGGAGGCGGUAUCACGGGCGGCGAGUGGAUCUGGAGAGAUCCCAAAGCCUUUGGACCGCUGUGA